AUGCAGGGGCGAGUAGGGGAUAGACCUGCAGGAGCCGGCGCUUGUUUCGUCGGGGGGUUUCUUUCCGUAGCGGCGCCGACGUCCCGUCACUCGUUCCGUUACGACGGCCCGCGCCCCCCUCCUUCUGGGCAGACGCAGCCGGAGAGUGGCAGUGAGGAGGAGGAUGAGGAGGAGGAGGGUGAGGGCGAGGAGGAUGAGGACGAUGAGGGGAGCGGGGAUGACAGUGAGGCCGGGUGGGAUCCCGAGACGCAUGGCGGUGGGGAAGGGGGGGAUGAUGAGGAGGACCAUGAGAUGGAUGGGUUGGAGCUAGAGGAGGUAGAGGAGGGGGCCAACCCCGCCAAGCCGAAGCCGGUGUUGAAGCUGGUGCAGGGUAGUCAUACGCGCUGGGGGUCGACCCACGACAUGGUCGAGCGUGCGGGUGUUCUGCAGAACCCCAUCACUGUCUUCUUUGCCCAGACACAGGGCUUGUCGAAGACCGACAAGAAGAAGGUGGAGAGUCUGCGCCUGACAGACGCAGACUGGGAGACCCUGCAGGCGGUGAAGACGUUCCUAAGCCCUUUCGCCAAAGUCUCCAAGGCAGAUGAGGGGGCGGCGUACCCGACUGUGUCGAUGGUGGUGUCGUACUACAACGGCCUGAUCGACGCCAUGGAGUCGCGCCUUGCCAAGGGGCCAUCUCCGACGCUGCAGCCGAUGAUCGUGGCGGCGCUGAGCCACUUGAAGAAGUACGCCUACAUCACCAGCAACGAGUACUGGAUCGCCACCUUCUUGGACCCAUCCAUGAACGCGGCGUGGUUCGACGACGCGCACUGGGAGAAGCUGCAUCCCGAGACCGACAGGAGGGUGAGGCCGCGUCCGGCGUCUGGCGAGGUGAUCAAGCUGGUGCGCGACCGCGUGGCCGAGUACCAGGCCCGGGCUGCAGAGCUUGCUCCACGGCCGACCCCACUUGCCCCCGUUGCGGAGGAGGAGGGAGACGAGGCGGAGGACCACUAUGACGCGCAGCUUCUCCUUAGUCGCCGACAACUUGCGGCGCGUCUGUCGGCGAACCAGGAGGCGGGGGGGGGGUGGGAUGGCGAGGGCCGCCGACCGAGAGGCGUCGCACCACCAGAGUUCGCCAUUGAGGGCGAGGGGGCGGAGGAGGAUGACGAGGAGGAGGAGGAGGGUGUGGAGGCAGACGACACAGCUGGUGGAGAAGAUGCUGCUGUUGGUAGUAGCAGUGGCGCCUUGGCGUAG